UGUCCACAGCACCAAACGCACAUGUUGGGUGUGUUGUGUUAAGGAUUGCAGCGAUAUCACAGUAUUUAGCAAACCUCUGCGCGCUGUCACGUUGCUGUUUGCUCUCUAAUCAACACAGUGACAAUGCGAUAAGUGUCGCAGUCAAUGAUACAUACUUUAAAGUCUGAUAUACUUUAUAAAACACUCGGUGGGGAGGCUUACACGCGACCCAGCGUGGCUGCAAACGGCUGCUGUUCACCGGUCUGAAGGCUUUGAGGCUCGCCGUCCGCCACCAUGAGCUCCAAGGUGUGUAGGAACUGCGGCAGCUCGGACAUCGACGUGGACCAUGCCCGCGGCGACGCCGUCUGCAUGACCUGCGGCUCGGUGCUGGAGGACAACAUCAUCGUGUCCGAGGUGGAGUUUGUGGAGACGGGAGGCGGCGGCUCGUCGGCUGUCGGACAGUUUGUUGCUGCUGAAGGUGGAAAUUUCAACCCAUCUUUUGGAGAUGCACACUACACGGGAAUGGGGAGGGAGUCGAGAGCUAAGACGCUGCAGAGAGCACGACAUAACAUCAACACUCUGGGUCACCAGCUGCAGAUGAACCAGCACUGUCUGGACACGGCCCUGAACUUCUACAAGAUGGCACUCAUGAAACACCUGACCACCGGCCGCAAGUCAGCCCACGUCGUUGCUGCAUGUCUCUACCUGGUCUGCCGCACCGAGGGAACGCCACACAUGCUGCUGGACCUCAGUGAUCUCCUGCAGGUGAACGUCUACGUACUGGGAAAAACCUUCCUCGUUCUGUCCAGAGAGCUCUGCAUCAACGCCCCGGCUAUAGACCCUUGCCUGUACAUUCCCCGCUUCGCCCAGCUGCUAGAAUUUGGUGAGAAGAACCACGAUGUGGCCAUGACGGCCAUGAGGCUGGUGCAGAGGAUGAAGAGGGACUGGAUGCACACGGGACGAAGGCCGUCGGGACUCUGUGGAGCAGCUCUUCUUGUUGCCGCUCGUAUGCACGACUUUCGCCGCACUAUCAAAGAAAUUGUCGACGUUGUAAAAGUGUGUGAAACCACGCUAAGAAAAAGACUGAUAGAGUUCGAGGACACACCCACCAGUCAGCUGACCAUCGAAGAGUUCCUGAAGACCGAUCUGGACCAAGAGUGUGACCCGCCCUGCUUUACAGCCGGACUGAGGAAGAAAAAAGUCCAGCAACUGGAGAUCGAGCUGAAGAAGAAGAUGGAUGACGUCGAAGAUGAAAUUCAAGGCUUCCAGGAUGAAAUAGACUCAGAGCUUCAGAACAAUCGACCCAAACUAAGAGGAGUCUACGCUGCCUACGCUAAAGAAGACUGCGAUAAGGACAACGGCGACACCCUCUCCACAUCGUCUAAGACCGACCCAGACUGUGAGGAACCAGAGGAGGAAGACGUGCUGCAGGCCGUGGCCAAGCACUUUGGCAAAGACCUGGGCGAGCUGACGCUGGAGGCCCUGCUGAAACUGGAGCGGAAGAGACCAGAGGAGGAAGAGGAGAACCAGGAGGAGGAUGUCCCGAAGCGAAAAGCCCCGUCGCUGGCAUCCAUCCUGGGCCCGAUGCCCACAGCAGCCACCCUCGGCCUCCCCGAGUCCAUCCACAACUGCAUUGGAGACGAGAAGGAGAACGAUGGUGCUGCUGACAGCGGGGAGCUGGACCUGAGUGGGAUAGAUGACCGUGAGAUAGAGCUGUAUCUGCUGAGUGACACAGAAAUCAAAGUGAAGACGGCGCUGUGGAUGGCAGAAAACUCUGACUACCUCAAAGAGCAGAGAGAGAAGGAAGCAAAGAUAGCAAAGGAGAAGGCGCUCGGGAUCUACAAAGAAAAGAAGCCCAGAGGACCCAUCAAGAGGCACCCCCCGAUCCGAGCCAACACCGCAGACGAGGCCAUCGAGAAGAUGCUGGAGCAGAAGAAGAUCUCCAACAAGAUCAACUACGAUGUCCUGAAGGACCUCAACAUCAAGCCCGGCGCCAGCCCGGCUCGCCAGGCCGAGACCCCUAAGAAGGAGCCGUCUGCCACCAAACUGACGGGACGCAACCGCCAACCCGCACGGGUCCCGCUCAGCCUCAGCACGCCCCUCAGCACCCUGGGAAAAAGGUUGCAGCCGUUCAUCAGCGGACAGCCCAACAAGAAGCUGGCUGUGGAGCAGAUUGCCAACCCCAACCCCCUGCCUGUGGCGGCGGGAGCCCCCGCCAGCGGAGUGGUGGUGGAGAGCGGCCCGGUGGUCUACGAUGAUGCAGCUGCUGAAGAGGAAGAGGAGGAGGAAGAGGAGGCUUGUGUCAGCGCCAUGGAGCUGCUGGGCGGCAACGAAUAUGGAAGCGAUGGAGAUUACGACGAUUGAUUCUAACAGUGGUCUUCACUGGGUUGUUAUACCCAACUAGUACGGAUUAUUUUGAAUCUUGAAAGUGCAUCAAAUGUUACUACCAGGGACACACAAUGGCUGCAGGUGGGAGCUGUGAUACCAAGAGAAACGAGGAAUUCCCAUCAGGAACAAAUGGGUCGUGUGUGCAAGAAAACAAAAGCUGGAAAUAUCACACUCCUUGUGCCAUUUGGCAUUUUGACUGGACUGAACUGGGAGGACGCACUACUUGGAUGCUGACAGAGAUGGUGAAGUGGAAAUAAAGGGAUACAGGUAUAUUAAUCAGUGUGGGUCAACGGCCUCCUGUGGUGGUAAUACCACAAAAUCAAAUGUAGGAAAUUUUCCAGUGAGCAUUGGUUUGUGGAUUUGCAGGUCAGAAGUCAUUAAAACAUUUAAAAGAAAGAGGGCUAAACUUUUAGAUGACUAGACUCCAUAUAAUUGUUGAUUCAACACCAUUGAAAUGACUAUAUUUUAAUGUAGUAAGGACCUCAUUCACACAGAAAUAUAGUCAUUUAAAUGCUGCUGAAACAAUAGUUAUAGUAAUGAAGAAGGCUUAAAAAAACAAAAACGUUCUCACAAAAUUUAGCUCCGUCUUAAAGGGAUAGUUCAGAUGUUUGUUCAGUUUGGCUGUAUGAGCUCCUUCUCCAUAGUCAG